UAAAGGGUUCAAGCAAUUCAUUUCUGCAUCAGAGGAGCUAGGAAAGAAAAAAAAAAGAUCAAACAUGACAACAAAAGACAUGUUUGCUAAUCUAGGAUCCAUAAUUGCCAGUUUGAUGUUUGCUUGGGCUAUGUUUCAGCAAUACUUUCCGUAUCAGCUCCGGAAGAACAUCGAGAAAUACUCUGGAAGAGUGCUCAGGUUCGUUUACCCUUACAUCCAAAUCAGGUUCAACGAGCUCUCAGGAGAGCGUUUCUUCUCUCGGAGCGAAGCUUACAUUGCCAUCCAAACCUACCUCAGCACCAGAUCCUCUACGCAGGCAAAGAAGCUCAAGGCCGACAUAGCCAAAAACGGCCAGACUCUUGCUCUUAGCAUGGAUGACCAUGAAGAGGUGGAGGAUGAGUUUAAAGGAAUCAAACUCUGGUGGGCUUCUGGGAAAGAUAUUUCCAAAUCACCCUCGUAUUUUAAUCCGGAGGAGAAGAGGUACUACAGGCUCACUUUCCAUAAACAACAUAGGGAUCUCAUUCUCGGCUCAUAUCUGAAUCAUGUCCUCAAAGAGGGAAAGGCAAUCGAGGUGAGAAACCGCCAAAGAAAGCUCUACACCAACAGCGCCUCCAAAUGGAGCCACGUGGUGUUGAAGCACCCGGCCAAGUUCCAGACACUCGCAAUGGAACCGGAGAAGAAGAAAGAAAUUAUGGACGACCUCAUCGCUUUCAGCAAGGCGGAAGAGUUUUAUGAAAGAGUUGGGAGGGCUUGGAAGAGAGGUUAUCUCCUCUAUGGCCCUCCAGGAACAGGCAAGUCCACCAUGAUUGCUGCCAUGGCCAAUCUUUUGGGCUAUGACCUUUAUGAUCUUGAAUUGACUUCGGUGAAGAAUAAUACUGAUUUGAGGAAGCUAUUGAUGGAAGUACCAAACAAGUCUAUUAUUGUGAUUGAGGACAUUGACUGUUCAAUUGAUCUCACUGGUCAAAGGAAGGGGAAGAAAAACGAGAAAGAUGAAGCAGAGGAACAGAAAGAUCCGAAACAAAAACCGGAAAAAGAAGAAAAGGCUACCGAAGCAAGCCAGGUUACUCUUUCUGGGCUGUUGAAUUUUAUUGAUGGGCUUUGGUCAGCUUGUGGCGGGGAAAGACUAAUUGUCUUCACAACUAAUUAUGUGGAGAAACUCGAUCCAGCACUGAUUCGAAGCGGGCGGAUGGAUAAGCACAUUGAAUUGUCCUACUGCAGGUUUGAAGCGUUCAAGGUGCUGGCUAGAAACUAUCUUCAAAUUGAAUCUCACCAUUUGUUUGACAGAAUCCGUGAGUUGUUGGAAGAAGCAAAUUUGUCUCCAGCCGAUGUUGCGGAGCAUUUGAUGCCCAAGACAGCUUCAGGGGAUCCAACAUUCUCGUUGGAGAGCCUGAUCAAAGGUCUUGAAAAGGCGAAAGAAGAAGCAAGAUUGAAAGCCGAGGAAGAAGCAAGGUUGAAAGCCGAGGAAGAAGCAAAAAAGAUUGAACAAGCAGCCAAAGAGCCAGAGAAAGUCGUUACCGCUGAAGAAUGAUGGGUAGCCAACAAUUCUACCCAAAUGUGCGAUGGAAAAGCAGCCACCAGCUGACUUUUUUUUUUUUUUUUUUUUUUUUCCAAUUUUUCAAAGGACAAAAUGGAGGACUGUCUCUUUUGUUUUUUGGCCUUUUCUUUUCUUUUUAUGUGGUAUGAGCUGGACCUGUGAUACCUAAACCCUAAAUUAAAAUAAUUGAAAUUAUAUCAAGCAUACCUUGUAUUUUGUCUCGUUUUAAUUUAUAAGUCUAGUUUUCAAUUUUUAUGAUUAAUUUAAAAUCCUAGUUUAUGUGUC